CUUGCCCACUUCAUUGCAGAUAAUUAGUCCUCAAAUCCAUCUGUCAAAGUCAUCACACCAAACAGCCAGCUUUCAAUAUGACCACCAAAACCCCGCACAUUCCCCACGUCCACCUCCUUUGCAUGGAGGAACAAUUCAUCGACGCCUUCAACGUCGCUCGCAAGAGCCGCAAGCUGCCCGAUUCCAUCUCAAUCGAGAUCCACAACUGCGCUCUAUCCCAACUCUCAAGCAAAGUCAAAUUUGAUACCGUCGUCUCACCGGCCAACUCCUACGGCCGUCUUGACGGCGCUUUUGACGACGCGAUUUCUCGGCAGUUUUCACCGCGCGAUGAUUACCAUGCUCUUACGGGCGUUGCGCAAGCUCAGCUGUACAAAACGUGGCGUGGUUUCGCACCGCCCGGAACAUGUACUUUGGUAGAAAUCCCCAAGGAGUUCGAAACAAGAUCGCGGAAUGUUUAUGGGACGCGGCGUGUUGCGCUAUGCCCGACGAUGCGUAUGCCUGCUGACGUGAGAUGGGAUAAAGAGGUUGUGUAUGAGUGUAUCUGGAGUUUGCUUUGUGCGAUCGACAACCACAAUCACGAUGCCUCUGAAUAUGAUCAGAUUCAGAGCGUUCUUAUGACUCCGUUGGCAACAGGUGUAGGAAGGGUGAGUCCGGAAAAAUGGGCGCUGCAGACUGUUCUGGCUAUGAAGCAUUUCGUAGAGGCUUCUGAUAAUCCGCAGAAAUGGAGUUCUUUGCAGUGGGCUGAUCUAGGCAGAACUUGUGCUGAGACGCAACUUACUUGGACAAAGUAGUAUGUCCGAUUACGGAUUAUGUCACUUAAACAUGAGUUAUCAAUGAAGGCUGAUGCAUGGUGCAGGAAGCCGAUUACCGAGUUCCCAA